GCCGAGGAGCAGAAUCACUAUCUCCAAGACUUACACCAUGUCACUUCCCUAGCGUAUACCCGCCCUGUAGCAAGGAGGGAGGUCCCUUGCAAAGACCCCGGAUGCGGGGCGCUGUUCGCACGCCCCUAUGAGAUGAACCUGCACUACCUCACAGCGCACAGAGAGGUGCUCGAGUGCCCCGUGCCAAAAUGCCGGAUGAAGUUUAUAAACUUUGAGUGCCGUGAGAACCACCGGAAGAAGUGCGAGUUGGAGAAGGUUGCUUGUAGACAUCCAUCUUGUACAGCUGGAUUUAAGGAAGUGGAAGAGAUGGAGAAGCAUUGGAUAGAGAGACACACCACUAGACACACCACCCCAGAGAGGCGGCAGCAGGGCGGGUCGCGUUCACCGUCCCCCAUGGAACGUGUUCGCUUCACGUGCCCGCUUGAAGAGUGCGGGCGGGGAUUCGGAGAUAUAGAGUCGCAGAUCAGACACAUCGUCAGUCAUCAUGCGUACUGCCCUGCAUGCAGCACGGAGACUGGUGGGAAAGUAUUUAGAAAUCACCAAGAGUUGGAAGAUCAUCUGCGUGAGGGCUUGCCGGGACACAGUUAUUGUCGGGUGUGUAGGAUGAUGUUCAAUGAUGUGGGGGCGCUGGAGACACACUAUGGGGAGAGGCAUGGCGGAGGGGAACUCGGGUUGACCCGGAAAAAGAUGUAGGGGUAUUGUUAUGUGGCCUCCGUGACCGCGCAAACAUAUCCCUAGUUGCUGCCGUAAUCAUGGCCACGCAGAGAAAAUGGCACAGCACAAGCAGUUGGUCUGUGUUCCGUUUGGGCGGUCCUCGUGAUUGCUUG